AGAAUGAUUCCUUAGCGAAUCGGACACCAUUAGCUAGCUGUCUGUUUCCAAGGGCAUGGAAGCCGUCAGGGUUUUUUCUUUAAGGUUCAUUUGCGUUUACGUUGCUUAAGGCACAGCGUUAGCAUAAUGUCAUCCAGCGGUUGUUUCAUGUACUUCGCUUAUGGCAGUAAUUUACUGAAAGAGAGACUGCAGCUAAAAAACCCAUCAGCUGUGUUUCACUGCGUCGGAAGAAUCCAGGACUACAGGCUGAAUUUCGGUCUUUCGGGUGACCACACUAACUGCGCUUGGCACGGUGGAGUGGCCACCAUACAGGAGAGCGAAGGAGACGAGGUUUGGGGAGUCGUGUGGAGGAUAGAUAACCAAAACCUGCCCAGUUUAGACAGACAGGAACAGGUUCAUGAAGGUGUGUACAGCCCAAUAGAGAUCAAAGUAGAAAUAAAAGAGGAGGUGCUUCUCUGCCGGACAUACAAGAUGAACAAUCUCAGACCCUGUCCACCUUCACCACAGUACAAAAAGGUUGUGUGUUUAGGGGCUCAACAGAGCGGCUUGCCUCAAAACUACAUACAGAAGCUUCUGGCACUGGAGACAAACAACUACAGCGGCACUUCAAUAUUAGAUCAGAUUACAGACAUCCAGAAAUGACCUCCAGGAGCUUUUUUUUUUUUUUUAAGCUUUUCAAGUUAAUUAAUCAUAAAUGAAGACCAGUACUUUAACUCAAUCCUAGGCAUUUGUUGGGUUUAAAUCUAUUGUAGUAAGAACUGAACUAAACAUUGAUUGUCACAAACAACUUGUAAAACU